AUGGCCCAUGACCCCUUCUCAGGUCUUUCCAAUGAUGCGGGUGGCGACGAAGGUGCCCUAGAAUUCGAUGAUACCUAUGAUGGUUUGGGCGACCAGCUCGACGAGACCGACGACGCCUUCAAUGACGACACUUUCGGCGACACUGGCCCGCCCGCGCGGACUGGAUACGAAAAGUACAAGGACACUGAAGCCGUGCCUGAUCUCCAUGUGGAUCAUAGCAUCUGGGGGACCGCGCCGUCAAAGACCGCGUCCCAGCCCACUUCUCAGCCCCAGCCCGCAGCACAGCAGGCCCCUUCGUCCGGACGCAAGGUGAUGAGCCUGGAGGAGGUGGAGGCUGCUAUGCGCGCGCAAGCCAAGAGCACCCCGCAGCCCACCUCUUCCCAGCAAGGGCAGCCCCAGACCCAAAUUCUUGUCCCGGAAAAUGGCGAUUUCCUUUAUGCCAAGGUUCGUGACCCCGGCCCGCCCAUGAUGGGGCAGCCCGGUCACGGCCACCCGGUCCAGAUUCUUCAGCGACCCCAGGGCCUAGAUGCGAAGCAGCAGGCUGCCGUUGCACGCCAAGGCCCCAGUCCUCAGCAGCACCAAGGACAGGUUCAGCCGACGCAGAUCCUCCAGAAUCCCAACCGCCUGUCUGGUGAUAUUUCUCGUGCGGAUAAGAACUUCAUUACUCGCAUCCAGCUCCAGCAGCUCGUGACUGCUACGGGGAUUGCCACCGAGGAUGGGGAGGAAACAUCCCUCAACGACGACUUCUACUAUCAGGUGCAUGCGUCCAUCCGCGCCGGUCAUCGACAGAAUCCCACUCAGCCCCUUCACAACUUUGCCCAGACGUACCUCUUCCAGACUGGUAGCCGCCACGGUGGUGGACGUCGUCAUGCACGUGCGGCAGAGAACCACGUCCAACGCAUGGAGCAGCAGGUUCAGCGUGCCGUGGAGGCCGCCAAGAACAAGCCAAAGAACCCCCAGCUCGUGAUUGCGGGCAGCUUGGGCAAAAUCUCGUACAGUAACGCCAAAACCCCUAAGCCGCUCCUCAACCUCAAGAGGCAAGAGGGAGCUGCCGAGUCCCCACGUCAUUCUGGUUCCAAGAAGACCCACGGCACUGUGGACAGAAGGUCGGUCCUUCGAAAUAUCGAAAAGGUGUACUCCACUCUUAUGAAGUUGGAGGACCACGCUCGCCACAUGCCCCCUCCCGAUCCAUCCCUCCAAGCCCAACACGAGGCAUGGCUUGGCACUACCAAGGCCUUGAAUGCCAAGUUGUGGGAUGACCUCAAGGUCCACGAGCCCAUCGGCGCCACCACACUGCACCCCUUCAUCGCCUUCCUGUCCUUCCACAAGGGCAAGAAGGCCAUCCCCCUCGACGUCGUCAAGGGGGCGCAGGUCAACACUGGGGAGAUUGACCUAAAUGCAGCUUUGCGUGAGAACAUUGAGCUGUUCUCUGUUGUGGUUAUGCCCAGCAUCUUCCAGUUCUUCAACGACACCAACUUGGACAUCGUGGACGGUGCGCUCGAUCUGAUCAAUGAAAAGCUCAAUGUCGACUUGAUCGCAAAGACCCGAAUUGGCACGUCGAUAUUGACACUUAUCUUGAGUCGAGCCGAGCUUAUCAAACAGGCCGGCAACGCGACGCCGGAGCAAUGGAGCAAAUGGGAAAAUACAUUCAACACCUUCUUCAACAUCAUCGAGCCCACAUUGCCUCACAUCUUCCCAGGAAGCAUCAACUCUGGUGAGGACAUUUAUGUGUGGCAGCUGCUUGCCGCAAUCGGUGUCAGCUCCUCUCCCGACCAGCAGCAACGCCUUGUGCUCGCCGUCAAGGACCGGGUCAUGGGAACUGUCAGCCAUGCCAAAACAUUACCGCCUGCGAUUGCCGCCGGCCGACUUUCAAACGUCAACCUGUUUAUGCUUUCGAUCGGUCUUGACGUUGAGCUACUAGGAUAG